AUGGAAGUCAUUCCCUCGGUGACGGUCUCAGGCCGAAGACCUGAACUCAGCCUUCUUUCCAACGAGGACUCCAUUUACGAACAAGAUAUCCUUCGAGAACCCGCCAGCAUCAAGCCAUGGCUAGCCUAUAUCGAAUUCAAGAAUAAAUAUGGAUCACUCCCCGAACAAGCCUUCGUUAUGGAGCGGGCUUGCUCCCAGCUGCCCCGAUCGUACAAACUCUGGAAGCUCUAUCUCAAUUUCCGGACAAAACAUGUCGCCGAUCUCAACCCUGCUAUUUUUGCUGGCGAAUACCGAAAGGUCAACUCGUUGUUCGAGAGAGCGCUGAUUUUACUGAACAAGAUGCCACGGAUUUGGGAAAUGUACCUCAAAUUCCUCAUGCGGCAGCCACUUGUCACCACAACGCGCCGAGCGUUCGAUCGGGCGUUGCGCGCGCUACCCAUCACCCAGCACAAUCGGAUAUGGGCACUCUUCCGACCGUUCGCGAACUCGGCCUCCGGGGAGACCGCGGUGAAGAUCUGGCGCCGGUACAUGCAGGUCCACCCAGAGGAUACCGAGGACUUUAUUGAGUUGCUUCUGGAGAACAAAUUGUAUACCGAGGCAAUCCAACAGUACAUCAAUAUCCUCAACAACCGCCAGUUCGUGAGUAAGCAGGGCAAGGGCCAUUACGAGCUGUGGAGCGAGAUGGUCGAUGUGUUGGUCAACCAUGCCCCGGAUAUCCAGGCAAGUUACGACACUGGCGUGGACCCGGAACAGAUCAUCAGGAGUGGCAUCGCUCGGUUCGCCGAUCAAAGGGGUAAGCUCUGGGUCGGUCUUGCGACCUACUGGAUGCGAAGAGGGCGUUUCGAAAAGGCGCGCGAUGUUCUUGAGGAGGCCAUCACGACAGUGAUGACUGUAAGGGACUUCACGCUCAUAUUCGACUCGUACGCGGAGUUUGAAGAGUCGAUUCUAGGUGCACUCAUGGACCGGGCGGCUCUUCGAACGGAGAAGGGUAUUGAGGAUGUGGACGCGGACCUUGAGCUUGAUAUUCGCAUGAUGAGAUUCGAGCAUCUCAUGGAUCGCCGGCCAUUCCUGCUCAACGAUGUUCUUUUACGCCAGAACCCGCACAACGUGUCCGAGUGGGAGAAGAGAGUUGUUCUUUGGGGCGAAAACACACAGGAGGUCGCGCAGACGUACACCGACGCUAUUGCGGCCAUCAACCCCAAGCGAGCCAUGGGGGCUUUCCAUCAGCUGUGGGCCAACUACGCCAAAUUCUACGAACGGGGAGGCGAUAUUCGAAACGCCCGCGUUAUCAUGGAGAAGGCCGUCAAGGUGCCUUUCAAAUCUGUGGCAGAGUUGGCGGACAUGUGGAUCGAAUGGGCUGAGAUGGAAUUGCGCAACGAAAACUUCGACGAUGCAGUCCGCAUCAUGGCCAAGGCAGUCCAGGCACCAAAGCGAUCGACAGUGGAUUAUUUCGACGAGACUUUAUCCCCACAACAACGAGUUCACAAGAGCUGGAAGUUGUGGAGCUUCUACGUCGAUCUUGUGGAGAGUGUGUCUACCUUGGAGGAGACCAAGAAGGUCUACGAAAGGAUAUUCGAGCUCCGGAUAGCCACGCCGCAGACCGUGGUGAACUACGCGAACCUACUGGAAGAGAGCAAAUACUUUGAGGAGUCAUUCAAGAUCUACGAAAGAGGUUUAGACCUGUUUAGUUAUCCUGUGGCAUUCGAGCUCUGGAACUUAUAUCUCACCAAGGCAGUUGAUCGCAAGAUUGGGAUCGAGCGACUGCGUGAUCUCUUCGAGCAAGCAGUGGAAGACUGCCCUCCCAAGUUCGCAAAAACGAUAUACCUCAUGUAUGGCAAUCUGGAGGAGGAACGUGGCCUGGCGCGUCAUGCAAUGCGCAUCUACGAGCGGGCGACACGUGCCGUGGCCGACGAAGAUCGUGCGGACAUGUUUAACUUCUACAUCACCAAAUCUGCGUCCAACUUUGGUCUCCCAUCAACACGGCCAAUCUACGAGAGGGCCAUCACGGUGCUGCCGGAUAGCGAGGCCAAGGAAAUGUGCCUCAAAUUUGCCGAUAUGGAGAAGAGACUGGGUGAGAUUGACCGUGCCCGUGCCAUUUAUGGGCACGCAUCACAAUUCUGCGAUCCCCGAACGAGCCCAGAGUUCUGGACCAAGUGGGAACAGUUUGAGGUGCAGCACGGAAACGAGGAUACAUACAAGGAGAUGCUGCGGAUCAAGAGGAGCGUCCAGGCGCAGUACAACACUGAUGUCAACUUCAUCGCCUCUCAAGCACUGGCGAGAAGCCAAGGCCAAGCGCGCGGCCUCGAUGAGAACGACGGAGGGGCUGAUGCUAUGGCGGCACUUGAGAGACAGCUCCGAGCUCCACAAGGGUUCGUUCCCUCGAGUAGCGGGCCCGUUGGCAAUGGCGCAGCGAGCAACGGUGGACCAGUCGUGCCAGCCAACCCUGAUGCGAUUGAUAUUGAUGAAUAA